AUGAUUGUUGAACAGAGUAUAAGAUAUGCUGGUUCAAAAGGCAACCAUUCGUUUUCAACUUCACCCCAAGAAAUUAGGAUCUUCCUAGCAAUUCUGCUUAUAUCAGGCUAUAACACUGUGCCAAGACGGAGACAGUUCUGGAGCCGGGAUGAUGACCAUAGGAAUGAGGCAAUAGCUCAUACAAUGCCGCGAGACAGAUUCGACAUAUUGGUGCGAUAUGUACAUCUUUGCGAUAACAACAAUCUUGACAGAGAGGACAAGUUUAGCAAAGUAAGACCACUGCUAUGUCUGCUGAAUGAGCGCUUCUUGUUAUACUUCUUGAAAGAGAAAAACCUUUCAAUCGACGAAAGCAUGAUCCCGUACUAUGGGCGACACGGAGCGAAACAAUUUAUUCGUGGGAAACCAAUUAGGUUCGGUUAUAAGAUGUGGGCGUUAACGACAGCACUUGGAUAUGUUUUACAAUUUGAGCCCUAUCAAGGGCAAAAGGCCACCAAACCCAUGAUCCUGGCUUCCUUGGAAUGGGCGGAGCAGUAG